AUGGUGGGUAGAAAAAAAAAAGCCCUUCAGUCUAAGGGAGUUGUCCAUAAAAAUGCGCAGAAAGAAGCUCGAGAAGCUCAAAAGGCUCAAAAGAGUCGAUCGGCUCGAGCUGGUAAGGAAGACCGUCGUGCUGCGAAAUUAGAACGUCGGAAAAAAGAGAAGAAGUCAUAUACUGCACAAGAUUGGGCAGAACCUGCCCCAGAGCAUUUGAUUGCAAAGUUAGAUCUUCCCAAGCACAAUUCUAAGUAUCAAUCAUAUUUCGAAUUUGCGGAGAAUAAGGAAAAGAAGAAGAAGUUGGAGUUUCAGGUUACAAAUAAUCCCAAUCCUCAACCAGGAUUUGCCUACGUCCCUAUUGGGGAUCCGACCUUGACAAACGCGUGCAAAGAAAUAUCGCGAGAACAGAAUGCCAUGAUCUUUAUUGUCUCGCGCUCGAAAGAACACAACUCGAAGAUAUCAGAGCAUGUCUUUCGAACCGGAUAUCACUUUCGAGAAGUCAUUGUGGAUGAAGCACGCAAAAUUGUCGGCGACACCGUUAUUUCGGAAACUACCCACGGUUUGAUUGAGCCAAUACCGGAAUCCCAAGACGAAAUAAACAAACAAGCCGAUGGUGCGAUACGAGAUCUCUUUCCCAGGAUUCCCAACACUGAUCGACAGAGAAUCAUCGAGCAUGCUUUCCAGAAGGGUCUCAAAUUUCAUGGAGAACCUACGGUCGGCCUACAGGCUGAUCUUCCUUUGGCACGUCGAGUUCAGCUCGCCGUUCUUGCCCACAUUCGUCAUACCCACACCAGAUAUGACAAAUUACUCAGGGAAACAACUUGGAUAAAUGCACGAAAGGUGGUUGAGCCUGUGUGCUUGGACGUCCUUGUCAAAUGGCGAGGAGACGAGGAAACUGGGCGUGAUCAAAUGGACGAGAUUUUACGAGAGGUCGUCAUUAUUACGGAUUCAGACGAUGAAGAUGUCGAUUCUGAUGAAGAAGAUGACUUAGAAGAGGAAGAGGAAGAGGAAGAGGAAGAGGAAGAGGAAGAGGAAGAAGAAGAAGAAGAAGAAGGGACUUCCGCUGAAUCCGCUGGUCGCGUGUUAGCCUUGACCCCUCAAGAUGGUCCACAAAGGCGGCAACCUUUAGGACUCGAGCAAAAUUCAUACGCAAAUGGUGCUGGCUCCUCGGAUUUCAUUUCUUCUCAUACAAGGUCUAGAGUAAGGGCAAACGAAGGUCCAAGGAAACCCCAACCUCGCUUCAAGCGAUACCAAGCUGCCUGGGAUGAGGCUUUGAAUCGCCGUCAAAAUACCGCUCAUGAAUCUAAUGAGGCAAGUAUACAAGGAUAUGAGGCAAGUAUGAGACCUGCUCAAUCUAAUGAUUCACCACAUUACCAGGAAGUACCUCGACAGCAAGCACCUAUCGCUGUAUCACGUCCACGCAUAGGCACGGAGUACCUCUAUCGUGAUACAGAACCUCGGCAUAGCAUUGCGCCUGAACAUCAAAUUCGCCAUUACUACCCACAAGAGCGGCCACCUUCCAGGAUAUUUACUCACGGAGAUGAGGUAACAGUAAGACCCUUGCAUGACCGCCCAGCUUUUCAUCCUCCGCAUCAUAAUUCAGCUCCACAAGUGAGCAGAGAGCCGAGACCUCAAAUAGUAGUUGGGGCUUCCCCAACAGGAGCUGGAUUUCAAGAUAUGCUUGCUUUAUCCAUUGAAACACAAAAUGAUAGUAUGAAUGUUCCACCACGUUUGGAUCGAGAUGCUGUUGUUGGCGACCCAAGCCAUCGCCAAGUGACACAUCCACGACGCGUGGUUGGAAGGAGUAGAGUGUCGUCUGGGCUCCGAGAAGUCAUUAUCAUUGAUGAUGAUAGCCCAUAUCCUACACGCCGUCAUGUGAUUGAAGAUGGUUAUGGGCGCUUCAGGCCUUAUCCCUCCAGGGAGCAGCCUGGUAAUGCCACCCCAACCUUUCAUUCCAGAGAUGCUAAUAUGCGUCCCCUGGCAAUGCCUAGAUAUACUGAAGGUUUGUCAACAAAUCUGUCACCAGCAUCUGCACGACCUGUGCUCUCUGAACGAGCACCUGUCUAUCAGGUGCCUGAUUCUAAACCACAUGAAAUGCAUUCAGAUCGGUUUAGAGGAGAAGCUGAGAGAACCUCAUACCAGCAACCUAUACCUUCUUUGAGACGAGAGAUGGCUGCGCCGCGUCCUUAUCUGACAGAUUCUGACGAGACUUACAAUUCUCAGCGAGUGGCUAAGCGAGUGGCUAGUGUUGACAUGAGAGUGCUUGAGCGUGACCAGUUUGCACGAAGAGAACAAGUCGAGCCUAGUCAGAGAUAUUACCUUCAAAGACCAGCGUCACCUGAUCCACCUGUUUCCAGAAGAAUUUCUCGUGCUCAAUAUGUGGAUGGUCCUGCAGACCAAGAUUUCAUUCAACGUUUUUCUCAAUCUGGACUUGAACCUUCCCUUUCCCGACCGCAAGAUUAUUCCAAUUCCUAUCAAAGAUUUGUUCCAAAUGUUGCAAAUGUUGUUCGUCGAGGCGACGAGCCAGAUCAAGCAGCUAGGUCAUUUACAGUCAUGCGCCCUGUUCAAGCAAGAUCUCCAGUACGAUAUUUAGAUAGGCUAGAGAUAUCUGGAGAAAGAUCUGGCCCACCAGAAUGCUACGAGAGACGUGAUCCGUAUACUACCGAGCGACAUAUGCUGCAUCAUACCAUGCAUGUUUCGGUACCGCCAGACGCUAAUGUUCCGACGUAUACUCGAGUCAUGCAACCUAGACGUGGAGUUAUACAUUUGGAUUGA